AUGAAGAACUUUGUGGUUGGACCAAAUUAUACAAAACUUAAAUACACGCGGCAUAAAUUGAAGUUGACAUUUACUCAUAAAACGAUUAUAGAGGAAGCAAAUGAUCAUCUUUUUGGUAUGACUAUCUUCGACUUAAAACCUUAUGAGUAUUUGAUAAACGAAAUUGAUGUUGAAGAAAGUGAACUCUUCGAUGUCAUUGGAGAGGUUGUAAGUUAUGGUGAGGUAGAAUUCCAUAACCAAGGUGAUAAAACCAGCAAUUAUAUGAAUGUGGAACUUGAAGAUCAUGAGAGGAAUAAUAUCUCGGCAACAUUUUGGGGAGAAUUCGUUGACCAAAUCUUGCCACAUUUACAGGGAUCACCCCAUCAGCCGGUCAUAAUUGUUAUGCAGUUGAUAAAAGCUCACAAAUGUCAAGGCAAAUAUUCUGUGCGUAAUACUUGGCAUGCCUCAAAGCUCUGGAUUAACCUGGAUCUUCCUCAAGCUAUUGAUUUUAAGUCCAGAAUGGAAAGUGUCAAUGAAGCUAACUCUGCCAGGAUCAGUCAAAUACCUUCUCAGCGUAGUUAUUCUGUUUCGAUGAGUUGGCUACUGGAACUGUAGAAGUUAAAACUAUUAGCGAAUUGGUCGACUGCAUGGAGGUGACUAAUCUAUUAAACUCCUUUAGUAUUUAACUAAUGUUAUGUUGUGUAUGUAUAACACUGU